CACACGCACAGUCCCCUGGGGCGGGUCCACGACGGGAGGCGUGUUGUGACGGCGGCCUCGCGUCCGUGCGGGUCGUGCGUCUCUUCGGAUUGGCGAAACGAUAGCCAAUAAGAUCAGCGUCCUGGCUGUGAUUGGCUGCGAUAGUGUUGACGGAUACGUGAGACUAAAUCGCCGCCUCUGUGCAGCGUCUUGAAUCGCGCGCGAAUUCGGGUGGGGACAGGUCUAGGAGAAUUAAUGCACCAUAGCCACUGUCGCUUUUUCUCUUCGGGGAGAUGAGGCAGUGUUUUAAACAACCCUAGUGUUUAUACAGGGGCGUUUGGAAAUGAGCAUGCCCCGUACGCGCGAGGCCCGCCCCUCCAGUUUUCCCCUUCGCUCACAGGCCGGGACUGUGCCACUGCGCCUUCUCUCAGGCUGCACGAGCGGCAAGUUGAUCUGAUGCCUGCUGAAGUGUACACAGCCCCCGAGAUUCGGCAAGCAUCGGCCUCCUGCUGUCUCCUGAAGUGUCUCCGCGCCACACUCGGGAGCAGCCUCUGAUACUCGGAACGACUCAGGGAAGCGCUCGAGCCCCGCCUUUCCUGUGAGGCAACGCAGUGGAGCUUCGGGAGGGGCUGGCCGAAACCCUGCCUGAGAUACUUAGAAUUAAAGGGAAAUUUUGGAGCUGCUUGCCCUUGGUAGCGGUAGCCUCCUCACUCCCUCAAGAAGGCAGCAGGCUCCGUAGCUCUGGGGCGGGGCCCCGAGGCGUGCCGAGUAGUACCAAUCGUAUUCGACUCUUUCCGGCUGUUUCCGCCGCCAGUCUCUUCGGGAGGUCUGAGCGGCGCAGUGCUCUCCCUCGACUGUUGUGGUUUUCCUGGAGCAGCGUCGUCCCGGUAACACCCACCACGCAGCAAAUCAGCCUAGAUACCUGAAGCUUGUUUGAAGGAAAGGAAGGGUUUCAUCCCUGACCAGAUCUGUGUAUCAUCAUGGCUCUGUAUUUUGACCACCGAAUUAAAGCCAUGGAUGCAGCUGCGUACCCAUCUCACAUUGCCUGGCACCCUAUUCACUCAUUCCUGGCAGUAGCCUCUAUAAGCCCAUCUUCAGGAGGCAGUGUGAACAUCUACCUGGACCAAGGUGAACCUAUACCUGACACCCAUAUUGAGAGGUCUUUCCAGGUCACUUCCCUAUGCUGGCACCCAAAACAGCUGAUCCUGGCUAUUGGCUGGGAGACUGGAGAAGUGAUAAUAUUUAAUAAGCAGGACAAGGAGCAGCACACAGUGCCCCUGCCACACACCAUUGAUAUCGCCAUCCUCAGUUGGAGUACUAGUGGGAACUGCCUGGUGUCUGGAGAUAAGCUUGGAGUCCUGCUUUUGUGGAGACUUGACCAGCGGGGGCGAGUGCAGGGAACACCUCUUCUGAAACAUGAUUACGGGAAGCACCUCACCCAUUGCAUCUUCCGGCUUCCCCCUCCUGGAGAGGAUCUGGUUCAGUUGGCAAAGGCAGCAGUGAGUGGGGAUGAGAAAGCCCUGGAUAUGUUUAACUGGAAGAAAAGCAGCUUUGGAAGUUUCCUGAAGACUGGCUCUCAAGAGGGACUGUCUUUCUUUGUCAGUCUCUUGGAUGGGACAGUACACUAUGUGGAUGAAAAAGGCAAGAGUGCCCAAGUGGCAUCCACAGACAGCUCAAUCCAGGCACUGUUCUACAUUGAGAAGAGAGAGGCACUGGUGGUGGUUACACAGAACCUUCUGCUGUCCCUGUAUGUGGUGACUCUUGAGGGAGAAGCUGAAGAAGUGAUGAAGGUAAAGUUGAACGGGAAAACAGGUCACCAGGCAGACAUAGCUUUGAUUGAGGGCAGCCUUCUUGUGACAGCCAUAGGGGAACCGGUGCUCAGAUUCUGGGACUUGGAACAAGGAGAGAAUUAUAUACUGAGUCCACAGGAGAAGUUUGGCUUUGAAAAAGGAGAGAAUAUAAACUGUGUUUGUUUCUGUAAAGCCAAAGGUCUCCUGGCAGCUGGUACCGAUAAAGGGCGAGUAGCCAUGUGGAAAAAAGGGCCAAACUUCCCAGGUGGUCGGGGGUUGGAGGGCAAGGACAUGUGGGCUCUUCAAACACCUACUGAGCUGGAAGGAAACAUCAUACAAGUAAAGUGGGGAUCCAGGAAGAACCUUUUGGCAGUGAGCAGCAUCAACUCUGUGUCCAUCCUCAGUGAGCAAGCCAUGUCAUCACACUUCCACCAGCAAGUGGCUGCUGUGCAGAUCUCACCAAGCUUAGUUAAUGUGUCCUUCCUGUCCACAGGAGGCACACACAGCCUGUGUACUGACAUGCACAUCAGUGGCGUGUUCACCACCAAGGGUGCUGUGGCUGUCUGGAAUGGAAAACAGGUAGCAAUCUUUGAGCCUUCAGAAUCCACCUUACGGAAUGCAGGAACCUUCUUGUGUGAGACCCCAGUGUUAGCAAUGCAUGAGGAAAGCGUUUAUACAGUGGAGCCAAACCGAAUUCAAGUUCGGACCUGGCAGGGGACUGUCAAACAGCUCCUACCGUUCGCUGAGACUGAGGGGAGCCCCUGCUUCCUGGACGUCUGUGGGACUUUCCUGGUUGCAGGGACAGACUUAGCUCAUUUUAAAAGCUUUGAUCUUUCUAGAAGAGAAGCAAAGGUGCAUUGCAGCUGUAAGAACCUGGCUCAGCUGGUCCCUGAGAUUGGGAGCAUUGCUUCUCUUAGAUGCAGUGCCAACGGGAACAAGAUCAGCAUCCUCCUCAGCAUGGCUGACAACAUUCCUGAUUCCAAAAUCUACAUUUAUGAUGUUGAGAUGGACACAAUGACCAUCUUUGACUUCAAGACUGGACAGAUUGGUCAGAUGGAGUCACUGCCCUUUAGCGAGCAAAAGACUAAUGAGAGCCACAGCUUUAUGCAUGAGAAAUUGGCAAAUUACAUUCCUGUAAACCAUUUCUGGGAUCAGAGUGAGCCCAGGCUUUUUGUGUGUGAGGCCUUACAGGAAGCUCCUGGAGCCCAGCUGCAGGCUGGAGACAAACAGCCACAUGUGGAAGAUGGCACACACCACAAGGAAGAUGUUUUGAUUCUGUCAUUCUUCGCUUCUGAAGAACAUGGCUUCUUGCUACAUGACUGCUUCCCUCGGCCUCCCACCUAUCAGAACCUUCUAGGAAUGGAAGUACCUUAUUAUUACUUCACAAAAAAGCCUGGAGAAGCAGAUAAAGAAGACAGGAUGGAUUCUGGGAACUACCACAUCCAGAUGGUAGCCAAGAGACCCCUACGAGACUUUGUGGGUCUGGAGGACUGUGAUAAGCCUACUCGAGAUGCCAUGGUCAACUUCAGCUUCUUUGUCACUGUUGGAGAUAUGGAUGAAGCUUUCAAAUCUAUCAAACUCAUCAAAAGUGAGACUGUCUGGAAGAAUAUGGCACGCAUGUGUGUGAAGAAUCAGCGGCUGGAUGUCGCCAAGGUGUGCCUAGGGAACAUGGGUCAUGCCCGAGGGGCUCGAGCACUGCGGGAGGCUGAACAGGAGCCAGAGCUGGAAGCCAGAGUAGCCAUGUUGGCCAUACAAUUGGGCAUGCUGGAGGAUGCUGAGCAACUGUACAAGAAAUGCAAGCGCUAUGAUCUCCUGAACAAGUUCUAUCAGGCCUCCAACCAGUGGCAGAAAGCUGUGGAGGUGGCUGAGCUCUACGACCGUGUCCACCUACGCACUACAUAUUACAACUAUGCCAAGCACCUGGAAGCCAGCGCCGACUGUGGCCUGGCCCUCAGUUACUAUGAAAAGUCAGAUACCCACCGUUUCGAGGUACCCAGGAUGCUUUCAGAAGACCUGCAGUCCCUGGAGCUCUACAUCAAUAGAAUGAAAGACAAGACGCUGUGGAGGUGGUGGGCCCAAUACCUUGAGAGUCAAGCAGAGAUGGACACUGCACUGCGCUACUAUGAGCUGGCACAGGACUACUUCUCCCUGGUUCGCAUUCACUGCUUCCAGGGCAACAUUCAUAAGGCUGCUGAAAUAGCCAACGAGACUGGAGAUUGGGCUGCAUCCUACCACCUUGCCCGGCAGUACGAGAGCCAGGAGGAGGUGAAACAGGCAGUACACUUUUACACACGGGCACAGGCCUUCAACAAUGCAAUCCGCCUGUGCAAGGAAAACUGCCUAGACGACCAGCUCAUGAACUUGGCCCUGUUGAGCUCCCCAGAGGACAUGAUUGAGGCAGCCCGAUACUAUGAGGAGAAGGGAGAGCAGAUGGACAGGGCUGUCAUGCUCUAUCACAAGGCUGGACACUUCUCUAAGGCCUUGGAGCUGGCUUUUGCCACCCAGCAGUUUGCAGCCCUACAGCUCAUAGCAGAGGACCUGGAUGAGAAGUCAGAUCCUGCUCUUCUGGCCCGCUGCUCAGACUUCUGCAUCAAGCACAAGCAGUUUGAGAAGGCUGUGGAGCUUUUGCUGGCUGCCAAGAAGUAUCAUGAGGCUCUGCAGCUGUGCCUAGAACAGAACAUGACCAUCACUGAGGAGAUGGCUGAGAAGAUGACUGUGUCCAAGGACUCCAAGGAUUUGACUGAGGAGUCACGGCGUGAACUGCUAGAGCAGAUUGCGAACUGCUGUAUGCGCCAGGGCAACUAUCACUUGGCCACCAAGAAAUACACACAGGCUGGGAACAAGCUGAAGGCCAUGAGAUCACUGCUCAAGUCUGGAGACACAGAGAAAAUUGUGUUCUUUGCGGGCGUCUCAAGACAGAAGGAAAUCUACAUCAUGGCUGCCAACUACCUGCAGUCCUUGGACUGGCGGAAGGAUCCAGAGAUCAUGAAGAAUAUUAUCAGCUUCUACACCAAGGGACGGGCCUUAGACCUCCUGGCUGGCUUCUAUGAUGCCUGUGCCCAGGUGGAGAUUGAUGAAUACCAAAACUAUGACAAGGCCCAUGGAGCGCUAACUGAGGCCUAUAAAUGCCUGUCAAAGGCCAAGGCUAAGAGCCCCCUGGACCAGGAGACCAAGCUAGCCCAGCUGCAAAGCAAGAUGACGCUAGUGAAGAGAUUCAUCCAAGCCCGCAGGACCUACUCAGAGGACCCCAAGGAGUCGAUCAGGCAGUGUGAGCUGCUCCUAGAGGAGCCGGACCUGGAUAGCACCAUCCGUGUUGGGGAUAUCUAUGGCUUCCUGGUGGAGCACCAUGUACAGGUGGAGGAAUACCAAAUGGCCUAUAAGUAUCUUGAAGAGAUGCGGAAAAGACUUCCUUCAGCCAACAUGUCAUACUAUGUGGACCAACGCACUAUGGACACUGUGCACCAGGGCCUGGGCCUCCCUCUAUCCCGAAUCAUUCCUGAGCGGAUCCGCCACAAUAGCAUGGAGGACCAUAAGGAAGUGUAUGAAGAGGUGGUAGAAGAGGUAGAAAAUGACCCCUUAUAGGCCUCAAGUCUCCAAAACUGGCCAUCGUUGUGCUGCUCGGAAAGGGUCUUCUGGAAUUUUCUAGUUGCUAGUAUCAGAGGCAGCUCUUUUUUUUUUCUGUAUUGUAUGCAGGACAGUAGGACAUGGAGUCUAGUUGCUACAGCCCAGGAGGGAGCAUGCUAUUCUUGAUCUGCCUCAUUUCUAUAUUUAGAAGGAAGAUUACAUUUGUUUUUAAGCCAUUCCUUCAGCAUUCUUGCCUCUGGGUGUUCGGCAGUUCCUGUGGAUUUUUGGUUUAGUUCC